AUGUCGAACCAGGCUGUCGGAACCGUCUACCAGGCCAUCAUCGACGAGGUGAUCAACAGUUCGAGAGUGGACUUUGAGGAGAGCGGCGUGGAGGAGAGCGUCCUAGAGGAGCUGCGUCAGGGAUGGCAGCAGAAGCUUUCUCAGCUCGAUGUGGCGCGGUUUCCUUGGGACCCGAAGCCUGAACCACCGCCACCUGCUCCAGCACCCGCAGCUCAACCACAGCCCGCUCCCCAGAACAACACGACACAGGCGCACUUCUCGCCAACCAUGUCAUUGCCCAGUGCCACCGUCACACCUGGCGCUACAGGCCAAAACGGCGUCAACUCUGAGCUCGGGGUCGUUAAGCAGGAGCCCAGCAUCAAGCAAGAACCUGUCACGGCAACAGCCAUGCCAGCCUUGCCAAACUACAACGGUCUAGACAAGUCCAGCGUUGCGGCUAGCAGAGCAGCCCAGCAGCUCCAGCUUCAGUACGGCAUUCGGGCUGCAGGCUCCAUCAAUGCUAUCCAGGGUCAGCAACAGCAACAGCCUCACCAGCAGCAAGGCCAGCAGCAAGGCCAGCAGCAAGGCCAGCAGCCCGCUGAUGGCACAGCAAGUAUCCCCAACGGCCAGACCGACGGCCCCGGUGACGUUGAUGAAGAUUAUGAAGGCAUCCUGAUGCAGCGAAACUCUCAAGGCACCCUCAACGAGCUCGGGCGCGUCGAAAUCGAUCGCAUGCUUCACUCCCAGAUUGCAGCCAGGGCAAAGUCCAUGGAGGGCGGAGGCCUCAUGCUCCCCCUGAAAGAAGCAGCCCGACACACUGCCACGUCGACUUCCUCGAGAAAAAGCAGAGGAAUCGCAGGGCAUGACGGAGGGGACGACGACGACGACGACAUUGACGACGAAGACGCCAUCAACUCUGACCUCGAUGACCCCGAGGACGAACAUGAUGAUGAUGAAGUGGACGACGAGGGACUGGGCCACAUCAUGCUUUGCAUGUACGACAAGGUCCAACGGGUCAAGAACAAGUGGAAAUGCACCCUGAAGGACGGGGUGCUCACUGUCAACGGCAAGGAAUAUGUCUUCCACAAAGCGACAGGUGAAUAUGAGUGGUAG